AUGGCCUUUCUCUUCUAUUUCCUCUUUUUUCUCUUUUUCUUUUUCUUUCAAUAUUUCUUCUCCCUUUUUUUAUGUUUAUACAUGAUUAAAAUCGAAAGCUUUGAAUACUGCAGAUCAUUCAUGACACACGAAGAUAUUUGCUGCUGGGGUUUUCCAAAUAUUGCUUUCUUCUUCUUCAUCUUCUUUCUUCUCCUCUUCCUUCUUCUUCCUCCUCUACCCCAUCCUCCUCCUCCUCCUUCUUCUUCUUCUUCUUCUACGCCUUCUCCUACUUCUACUUCUCCCUCCUCCUCCUCCUCCUCCUUCAUCUUCUUCUUCUUCUUCUUCCUUCCCCUACUACUUCUUCCUACUCCUGUUAUUCUUUUUCUUUCCCCUUUUCCUACUUCUUUUUUUUCCCUCCUUCCUCCUCCUCCUCUUCUAUUUCUUCUUCUUCCCUUUCCUUUUUCUUCCCGCUCCUUAUCAUUCUAUGUGUUCUUUUUCUUUUUCCUGCUCUUUAUCCUGUUUCUUUUUUCUUCUCUCUCCUCCUUCUUAUUCAUAAUUUUUCUUCUCUCGCUUCUUCUUCAUCUUCUUUCUCCUCCCCCAUCUUCUUCUUCUCCUCUUCUUCGUCUUCUUUUUCUUCUUCUUCUUCUUCUUCUUCUUCUUUCCCCGCUUUCCCCGCAUUCUACUUCUUCCACUUUCUCCUACUACUUCUUCUUUCCCCCUUAUUCUACUACUUUUUCUUCCCCGUCCUUCUCCCUAAUCUUCUUCGUCCCCUUCCUUUUUUCUUCUUCGUUUUCUUCUUCUUCACGUUCCUUUUUCUUCUUCUUCUUCUUGCCGCUCCUCAUCCUACUUUUUCCUUCUUCCCCUCCCCCUCCUCCUUCUUCUUCUUCUUUUUGUCUUCUCCCCUUUACCCCUUCUUCUGCUUCUUCUUCAUCUUCUUUCUCCUCCUCCUUCUUUUUCUCCUCCUAUUUCAUUUUUUUCUUAAAAAAAUGUCAAGGAAAAAGAUAG